AUGGCAGCCGAAGUUGUGCUUACUUUUGCUGCGGAGGGAAUACUGAAGAAGGUGCUUUCACUUGCUGAGAAACAAUUCAGUCUUGCAUGGGGUUUCAAAGCUGAACUUCGAAAGCUUAGAGAGUCAUUCACUACCAUUGAACUUUUAUUGAAUGAUGUUGCCCACAAACCACAAGCUCCGGCAAUAGAGGAAUGGGUGAAGAAACUCAAAGGCGUAGCUGAAGAUGCUGAGGAUGUCUUGGAUGAAUUCAAGUACGAAGUUGAUCGGCGUAAAGUCGAAAUCCAAAACCAUAUGAAGAGAAAGGUUCUGAACUUCUUUUCACUCUCCAAUCCACUUGCAUUUCGUCUUCAAAUGGCGCAUAAAAUUCAGAAGAUCAAUGCAUCCUUGGUGGAUCUCGAGAGGAAAGCAUCUCCUCUUGGACUAGUUUCCAGGAAUACAGAUGCAACCUCUCAGGGGAUUAGAUGGGAUAGACAAACCAACGCAUUCUUUGGCAAAGAUGAAAUACCCGUUGGAAGGAAAGCUGAUGUGUCAAAAAUAGUCACAACCUUGACCGACUCCAAAUACAAUCAAGAAAAUCUUGCGGUCAUGGCGAUUGUGGGUAUGGGAGGCCUCGGAAAAACAACAUUGGCCAAUUGGAUUUGUGUAUCCGACGCUUUUGACGUCAAUGUCAUCCUACAUCAAAUGUCAGAACAGCUUAAUCGGGUAAAAGCCCAUUCUAAAGAUAAUCAGCAUACUCUGCUUUUGUCCCUUGAUGAAGAGUUGAAAGAAAAAAAAUACUUACUCGUACUUGAUGACGUUUGGAACAAAGAUUCCAAACUAUGGGAGAGUUUCAUGGAAUGUUUGUCAAAGCUUAGUUCUGCUAAAGGCUCCAAAAUUAUUGUCACCACUCGCGAAGAUGAAGUCGCAUCAAUCUCAGAAAAGCUACUUCCGCGACAUAAAUUGGGAAAACUUUCUGUGGAUGAAUGUUGGUCCAUCAUGAAAAAUAGAGCUUUCACCAAUAACAGUGAUCCUAAGUUUGAUACAAUUGGAAGGGAGAUUGCUGAAAAUUGCGGUGGUGUUCCAUUGGUGGCAAAGGUUUUGGGAGGCAUGUUGCGCACUAAAAAAAGCAUUGAAGAAUGGUCGUUGUUUAAAAACAGUAGAAUAUGGAACAACUUACCAAAAGGAGAAGAUGAAAUUAUGCCAGUCCUGAGGUUGAGUUUUAACAAUUUAGAAUCACCAUCAUUGAAGCAAUGUUUUGCAUAUUGCUCAAUGUUCGAGAAAGACUUUGAAAUUCAAAGAGACAACUUGAUUCAACUUUGGAUGGCUCAAGGACUACUCCGAGCUUCGCAUGACGAAAGUAAAGAUAUGGAGGACACAGGCAAUGAGUAUUUUGAUAUUCUAUUGCAGAGCUCCUUGUUUCAAGAUGCUACGAUGGGUGACAAUGGCAUUGUUACCAAAUGCAAGAUGCAUGAUCUUGUGCACGAUUUGGCAAAACUUGUGUCCAAAUCUGAAAGCUUGAUGGGAGACUUAUGUAGCAGAGAUAAUACACUUGAGUUUCGACAUGUUGCUCAGGUUUCUACUUCUACACUGGAAAAGAUCGCAGCAAGAAGUGCUAAGAAAUUACGGUCACUGUUUUCGGACAACGGUGAAGUUCCUGCUAACAUUCUUCCACGGUUCAAAGCUUUACGCGUCUUGAAUUUAUGGAAUGCUAAUAUUGAAGAACUUCCAGUUUCAGUUGGUAAGCUGAAACACUUAAGGUAUCUUGACAUUUCUGAAACAAGAUUCAAAGCACUCCCCAAAUCUGUAGGCAAGCUCUAUAACCUUCAGACAUUAAGAGCAAUGAAUUGUGCCCUUGAAGAGUUUCCGAAAGAACUGCAAAACUUGAUCAACCUGAGACAUAUUUAUUUUGAUGAGGAUAUCAAAUUCCCACAAGGGAUAGGACGGUUGACUUGCCUUCGAACAUUACCUUACUUUCCAGUGGGUAAUGAGAUUGGUCGUCGAAUUGAAGAGUUGGCUGGCUUGAAACAAUUGAAGGGUGAAUUAAUUGUUUGUAAUUUGGAGCACGUAAAGAAUGGAGAAGAAGCAAAGAAAGCUAAGUUAGAGGAUAAGACGAAAGUACGCCAUUUGAGCUUCAAUUGGACUGAAGAUAGGUCAACAACUGACAACAACGAGGAGGAAGGUGUCCUAGAAGGCCUUCGACCACAUCUUGGGUUGGAGAGCUUAACUAUUAUAAACUUCAUGGGCGAUAAGUUUCCAACGUGGAUGAUGAUGAUGAGUGGGUUGAAGAAGAUUGAGUUACUUGGAUGCGACAAAUGUGAAGUAGUCCCACCGCUCGGUCAUCUACCCAAUCUUACGGAGCUUAAUAUUAGAGGAAUGGCUAGCUUGAAAUGUGUUGGAGCUGAGUUCUAUGGUUAUGAUCUUGUAGCCACGACAAGUAAGGAGAUGAUUACUUUAUUUCCAAAGUUAAAAGUAUUACAUAUUUCUGAGUGUGAUGAUCUAAAUGAAUGGAAGCAAGUACCAACAACGUCAGGAAAAAAGGUUGUGGUUUUUCCUUGUCUCGAGAUGUUGACCGUAGAAAAUUGUUCUAAAUUGAACAAUGCUCCGAGUGAUUUUCGACUUCCCCAAAAGUUGGAGAUGUCUUCUUGUGAAGGAUUGUCGCGCCUACCGAGUGGGUUAAAGAGAUGCACCUCUCUCCAGAAAUUGAGUAUAGAGAAUUGCGAUGGAUUAUCAGGCCCAUUAAGUUUAGGGGCCUCUCUCUUGGAAGUGAGUAUAGGGAAUUACAAUGGAAUAUCAGUCCCAUUGAGUGCAGGGGCCUGUCUCGUGGAAUUGACAAUACGGAAUUGCAAUAAUCUGACAUCAAUUGAAAUUAAAGGCAGCGGGUCCCUCACCGACUCUCUUCAGAAAUUGACAAUCAGGGAUUGCAGUGAAUUAUCAAGCAUACCUGCUCUUCCACAACAAUGUCCCUCUCUUCAGGAAUUGGAGAUAUAUAAUUGCCCAAAGCUAUCAUCGUUUGGUGUCAAAAGUAGCAGAGUUGAGAAGGAGGAGGAGUGCAUUAGCCUACAAUCUACUUCAGACUUGCGCACCAUGACCUCCCUUCGACUUCUGAGUAUUGAAUAUUGUGAAAGAUUAGAAAGUUGGGUGAGCAGCCUACAAUUCCCACUCUCUCUUGAGACGCUGGAAAUACAUGUUAUGCCUAAUUUACACAUUCUUCCAAGUUUAGACAACCUCAGUUCUCUCCGUACUUUGUCGAUUGUAAAUUGGCGAAACCUAAAAUAUCUGCCAACGGGGCUACAGUGGCCCACUGGCUUGGAGAUUUUGUUUGUCGGUGGGUUCUGGGAGGAGCUCGAUUCCUUCCCUGAUUUUGAAGUUGGAUCAUUAAUGCAUCUUACAAGUAUGCGAGCUUUUCUGCUGCGGUCUUAUCAGGCUCUCUGUUUUACUCUUCUACUUGCUGAUGGCACUAAGUUGGAUCAUGCAAUUUCUCAAAUGUCUAGUGGGGAUGCUGAGAAAUAUACGAUGCCAACGAAUUUGGACUUAAUUGUUCAUCCUUCAGCGGAUUAUCCUUCGUUCCACAGGCCCAGACUUGUUUCUCUUUGUGAUUUUAAUUCACCAACUCGUCUCAACUGGCAUUUCUUCGUUAGCUUCGAUUGA